AGGACCGGGCCUAUAAGGGCGGAAGUACUGUAAAGAGGCAGAGUGAAAGCAGGAGGUUGCUGAGUAGUGUGCGGGGCUGGCCGGCUCUGCGAUCCUCUCACUAUGGCAGAACAAGCCGUCCUCCUGCUCAGGAAGCAGCUGGCAGAACUAAACAAGAACCCAGUUGAAGGUUUUUCUGCUGGAUUGAUCGAUGAUGAUGAUAUCUAUAAAUGGGAAGUGCUACUGAUUGGGCCACAGGACACAUUAUUUGAGGGCGGAUUCUUUAAAGUGCACCUUACGUUUCCAUCUGACUAUCCUCUGAGGCCUCCCAAAAUGAAAUUUAUCACAGAAAUCUGGCAUCCAAAUGUUGCAAAGAAUGGAGAUGUUUGUAUAUCAAUCCUUCAUGAGCCGGGUGAAGACAAAUUUGGCUAUGAGAAGCCCGAGGAACGCUGGUUGCCAAUUCACACAGUGGAGACUAUCAUGAUCAGUGUUAUUUCUAUGCUUGCUGACCCAAACAGUGACUCGCCAGCCAAUGUAGAUGCUGCAAAAGAGUGGAGGGAAGAUCCAAAUGGUGAAUUCAAGAGAAAAGUUGCUCGCUGUGUUAGGAAAAGUCAGGAAAUGGCAUUUGAAUGAAUGGUGAGCAUUAGAAGAAGAAAUCCAUUGCAUCUGAGCAAUAGCAUUCACAGGCAGAAGCCGACUCCUGCUCACGGCGUGUGGUGCUUCACUGACCUCUGUUCUACCCUCCAGUGGGCAAUUUACUUUCUGUUUUUAUAAAUUAUAUGAUAGACUUCACAUGUUUUAACUGCAAAACCUGCAGAUUGGUUUUCAAUCCACCAAGAGAUCCUUAUUUAUUCAGAUAUAUAUUUUUGCAUAUGUCUUUUUAUAAAGUAGCUUUCUUUACAGCACAAUCCCUUGUAUUGUGCUGGGCUCUUGAUAGGGACAUAAUGAUACAGCAUUCCAGACAUGUCUCUGGCAAUACAGUGCUUACCAUACCCACCAGCUUUAGUGACUACCCAUGAGUAUGUGCAUAACACAAGCAUGUGUUGUGGCCCUAGCCAUUGACCUCACGGCACACUACUUGGAGGCUUACUUUAGCCAGAAGUUCCAUGGUAAUAGAAUGUAUACAUUAGCUUUUGUUGCUGCUCAUGGAUAUUUUGGGAUCACAAUGUGUAAACCAACACACAGUCAUGGGCUACAGGUGGAUGUGUUGAGUCAAGAUGCAUAAAACUUUUUUUUUUAUUUUAUUAUUUUUUAAGCCUAUGCUGUAGAAACUUGUCUUUUUUUUUUUUCUUUGUGAAGCAACUAUUUGGUUACAAAAUAAAACUAUUUUUGAGAUGUUUUGAUAA